AUGGAGAAUGCUUUAUCCUGGGGAAAAAAUGUGGUCAAAUAUGGUGUCUCUCUGAUAAAAUUAGAAGAAACUGAACUAAAUGGAAGAAGUAACCAGUCUGUAGUGUCUGAAUUUAUUUUUCUUGGGCUGUGUGACUCAUGGGAGCUCCAGGCCUUCCUCCUAGUAAUAUUUUCUUCACUUUAUUUAAUCACCAUUUUAGGCAACAUCUUCAUUGUUCUCCUAAUUACUGCUGAUCUUCAUCUCCACUGCCCUAUGUACUUCCUGUUAGCCAAUCUUUCGUGCAUUGACUUAUGCCUUUCAUCAGUAACCACUCCUAAAAUGAUUACAGACUUUCUCAAGGCAAACAAGACCAUCUCUUUUGGAAGCUGUAUGUGUCAGAUUUUUUUUGGACAUUUUUUUGGAGGGGGUGAGAUGGUGUUGCUUGUGUCAAUGGCCUAUGACCGUUACGUGGCCAUCUGCAAGCCACUCCAUUACUCUAGCAUUAUGAACACACAAACGUGCAUUCGGCUAGUAAUGACAUCAUGGAUCAUUGGCUUUGUGCAUUCAAUAAGCCAGCUAGCUAUAAUUAUACAAUUGCCUUUCUGUGGACCCAGAGAAUUGGAUAGCUUUUUCUGUGAUAUUCCACUGGUGAUCAAGCUAGCUUGCAUGGACACUUAUGUUUUAGAAAUGUUGAUAAAUGCUGACAGUGGGGUACUGGCCACCAUCUGCUUCAUUCUGCUGCUGAUCUCUUACUCUUAUAUUCUGCUUACUCUCUGCCAUCAGUCGAAGGAUGGGGCAUCGAAGGCGCUCUCCACUUGCACUGCCCACAUCACAGUAGUCGUGUUAUUCUUUGGGCCCUGUAUCUUCAUCUACCUGUUUCCACUCAACAUCACUUGGGUGGACAAGUUUCUUGCUGUAUUUUAUGCAGCCAUCACACCACUACUAAAUCCAGUCAUUUACACUUUAAGAAACAAAGAGAUUAAAAUUGCCAUUAAGAGACUAUGA